GUUUACUACUAUAUAAGACGAGAAAAUAGAAUGAAAAGGUUGACAAUCUUUCCCCAUCCUUCUGUAUACCCAACAGCCAACACAAGCAAUUUAAGGCGUCGGUUUUCUUAAGGACGGUGCAUGAACUACGACACAUGUGUUCAAAAGAGAGUAAAAAGUGAUUUUUAUUCAAAAACUUGCUACAGGUGCGUUUUCAACGCUAUAAUUGACUUCAAACGAAAACACAUUGGUUUUAAAACCAAUGUUGUUGGGCAUAUAUUCUACGCACGCUCCUCAUUCACGUUUAUAAACCACCUCUCGUGUUUUGUGUACGUGUCUGGUCUUAAUUUAUGCCUCGUAACGCCUUGGGCAUUAUAUUCUUACACCGUCUGUGUGUGGCGGCUAGAAAGAUAUUUUGUUUGCUGUUUAAACUUAAAACUUUAUCCACUGUAUAGCUUUUUUACAGUUUCAAGUUAGCUAAAAAAAAGAUACAUUACAUACAGUUUUUGGACAAUUGCAUUUUAGCGAAUCGAGUUAUUUGUUUUUGAAAUUAGUCUACUGUUAUCGGUUUUUGAAUUCAAAGGAAUAACUUGUUAAAUAUGACUAUGCGGUCAGAAAACAUGUACACGACCAUACGUACAAAUGAUUUCUUAAGUUCACAAGGAAGAAGUUCGACUAUCAGCAAAGGCUAUCGUUCCAUCAGCAAAGCCAUAACAGAUACUACACGUGGUAGGACCAGUAGAGCUACCGAGUUUUUUGAUGAACUGCCUAAAGAACUUCAGUGCCCUAAAUGUGGCGAUCUAUUCGACAGGCCAGUCUUAUUAUCUUGUUCUCAUACUUUAUGUAUGGACUGUGCUGAAGAUGCAAUAGAAUAUGCAGAACUCGAAUUAAAGCAACGCAGACGAUUUUCCUGUCCGAUAUGUAGAAGUGCGAUCAAGUACAAUGCUACUGGUAUAGAAAGCCUACCCCGAAACAUAAACAUUGAAGAGGCCGUGGCGAGAUUCAAAAAAGAGGGAAAAUCUCACUAUCCUGUAUGUGACCAACAUGCGGCGUUUAAAAUGGAAAUGCUUAUGUGGUGUGAAGAAUGUAAAGUGAAUAUUUGCCCUCUGUGUGCGGUGGGGGAUGAACAUAAGCAACAUAAAAUAACACCAAUGCAAGUCGUGGAAAAAUUCCAAAGAAUAAAAAGGCGAUUGAAAAACACGAAAGAUGCGCUGAACGAAGAAAUUGAUGUAUUAGGCGAAUCAAUAGUUAAACAACAGAAAAUCGUGUACGAUCUAAAUGAAAAAGCGAAGGAGCUUAGAUUAAAGGUUGAUCAAGAGUGCGAUGAAAUGAUCGCACAAAUUGAAAAGCGAAGAAAAUCGAUGUACGCAGAUGUAGAUAAGGCGCUAAAUGGUAAAAGAGAAAAACCAGACAAGAAAAUUGAGACUCUACGAAGCCAAUUCACGAAGAUGCAAGUCUUAACUAUUCAAAUACAAGAAGUUCUAGAAGUUAAAGAUGCAAAAGAUUUCAUUGACACGUUUAACAUAAAUGGCCUUCCAGGAAAAUUGCAAGAUAUGGGAAAAUACAUUCAAAGUUAAGAAGAACGUAUUUUUUGAAAGUAUAAUUGUGUUAGAUUUUUACUGUGAAAGUUUCAAAGUUUUCCUGUAUUUCUCUCAAAAGUAUACCCAAAAAACCUAAGGUAGUCUACGUUAAGUGCUAAACUUAACUGAUGUAUUUAAAACAUGCAUAUAUAAUUAAGUAUAAACAAGAGAGCGUAUCUUUAGUAAGUGAGUACGUAAUAAACUAUUUAAAACAAUCUUAGUUACCCCUUUAAUUAUAACGGUCGUCUAAGCUUGAUUAAAAACAAACGAAAAGAAGUAACUAAUAAAUCGGUUUUCAGUCGGUAAUGGUGACUGUGGAGCAGUAGGUAGAAGGCAUUAAUGCAUGUAUUAUAACUCACGUAAACGAAUGAUGUAUUAAGUUGGUAAAUACGCUUUGUACAACCUCAGCACCAUGUGUUGAAAUAUAAACUUAAACUAGUUAAUCCUGUCCCCAAUAUAAUGAAAAAUAGAUUGAUACCGAUGCGUCAAUUGUUGUCCAGAUUUUAUCCAGCUUUAUAGUUGCAUUGAGUGCCAUCAAUGGUUAUGUCUAAAACAGAUUGAAAGCAAAUGCUAUCCCAAACAGCUUUUCUUUGAAGUCCUUAAUACAUAUUAUCCAGCUAUUUAGCUAGUAAACAAAAACUUAAAUCCGUUGCUUGUAGCUUAUGUGAUAGAGUAACAUCGUGACAUAUGUGAAUGAAAUAACAUUGCUGCUCAUGGUUAACUGCUUACCAUUUGCUGACUUUUGGUUUCAAUACCAUCUGCGACGACAGGUAUAACCUACUGUUGGCUUAGGAACAGCGAUUCAAGUCUUCUUGCUUCGAAGGAAGUAAUUCAAACGUUUUUCAAAAACCGAAAACAGGAUGUUGGAUGAAAGUUUGCUGAGAAUUGAUUGACAGUUGUUGUUAUGAUUACACUUGCGGCUUGAAAAAAAGAAAUCUUGCAAGUUGCUGCAAAACUUACACUCUUUUGAUAACACCUAAAACGCUUGACAAGCUGAAAAAUUUCGGGAAAGCCUNACCACACUGCCAGAAACUUGCAACACCUAAAUUUUCAUUAAUCUCUUUGUUUUAAAUAGUUUCCUGAUGGCGCAAAAUUACAACUGAUUACAUUCUGUUUUUUCUUCAAGUAUACCAUUAAUAAUGUGUAUUUUUUUUAAAUCAUACGCAACUGGCAAAAGCAUGUUGAAAUAAAGAAUAUAUCAUG